AGCCUGCAUAAAGGAAACAGAGAGAGCGCACAGUCACAGAGAGCAAUUCCGAUGGAGUCGAUUCAAGUCCAAGAAAUGAGCACCCAAGAAGUCCUCAAUCAAGAACUCCACAACAUCCAGGAAACCAAAGAAGCAGCGGAAUCAAUCGACCUCGCCGUCCUCCGCCUGAACGCCGACGACGACCACCACCACCACUCUUCUCACUCUCCCUGCCAAUCCUGCGGUUGCUCCGGCGGCCCCUCUUCCUCCAGAAAGAACAAGCGCCGCUCGUCGGACGUGGGUUCUUUCUCCACUCCUCCCCUGUCCCUAGCCGCCGCCGCGGAGAACCCAGAACGCGAUUCCCGAUUCCAGCUCUCCAAGAGGCCCAAGAAGCUGUUCACCGAAUCGUCUCCUGAAACCCUCGCCGGCGUUGUCAUUCCGCAGGGGUUUUCCAAAAUCGCUCUCCCUCUCCCCGCCCAAUCGGUUUCUCCACCACCAACGGGAUCCCCAGCUCCCACUGCCGCCCGUAAUUCCUCUCCCAUUCUCUGCCGCCCGCCUCCCUUGUUUUUCUCUGGACUGGACGGCGGUUCUUCUCAAACCCUAACUCCUCAAUCGCCGCCCAUCAGUAGCGUCGUCCCGAACGAUUCCGCCACGCCGUCGUCCAAGGCGCCGGGAUCCUCUUCCCGUCCUCCCCUGCCGCCGUUGAGGAGAUCGUGGUCGCUACCGUCGCCUGACAAACCCGCUCCGUCGGGUUCCAAUGACGCGGUUUCAGCCAAUCCCCCACACCAUGGAGAGAAGCUGAAGGCAGUUGGGAAUUGGAUCAAGGAGGUAGCUAAGUGGUGGGAUGAAUUUCACACUGUUGAUGAGAUUGCACCAGAGGUAGUCAACCCAGAAGAGAAGAAAGUCUCUGUUGAUGAUGGUGAUAGUGAUAUUGCUUCUAAUGCAGUUAAGGAUGGCAAAGAGUCUGCAGGUUGUGAAGAGUCUGUGAACGUGGAGAGGACAGGUGAAUGCUUGAUCAUAAACUUCAAGUGUCCAUGCGAGAAAGGGUAUCAGAUUCUUCUCUCUGGAACCAGCUGUUACUACAAGCUCAUGUAGAUGAUUCACUGCAUGUACAGACAGACUGAUGUACCUCAAUUCUUUAGGGGGUUUUACAUUGUUCAUAGAAUCUUCUUUCUGGAGUAAGCUUGCUGUUGGAGAAGUUUCUUAUGGAACGAGGAGGGUGUUUUUUUUUUUUUUUUUUUUUGUAUAGACAGAUGACAGGGUUUUUUACCAUCUCGCUCGAUGGCUACUUUACUUGCUCCCAUGUGAGCUAUGUUGUUGUUGAUGAUGAUAACGAAUAAAACUAGACUGUUCCUUGAACCGAUGUGUGAAGUGUGAUGCACUCUUAUGGUU